AGUCUCCGGUCAUCAGUGCGUCGCCUUUCUUUCUUUUCAAUGAGAACAAAGCCCUAAUCUCCUUCUCUAUUAACCAACCAGCAAUCACAAAAGCGGCGACGAUCAGUCCAGUCUUCACUACAGUAGCUAGCUAGUUAUAAAUUAACAAGCUCCUUGCAAGAAACUAUAUCAAUCCAGCUGCAGAUAGCUUAAACGCAACCAUUUCUCUCUUUUUUCACGACCCUUGAGAAAAAAAUGCAGAUCUUCAGCGAAGUGUUGGGAGAUACUGAUGUUCGUUUUCGGUUCUCGCUCCCAGCUCAUUGCUUACAGCAUUUAGAUUUUGCUGGAAAUAAUUAUGUUGAUUUGCAUGUUAAAGAUAGCUCUGGUGAGCUUCGAGUUAUUCGUUGCCUGAAGAGAAAUGAAGAUUAUGACAAGCCAGUGCUUUCUAAGGGCUGGCUUAAAUUUGUUGCUGAUUAUGGACUGAGAGCUGAUGACAUGGUUGUUCUUCAUCGUGAGGAUGACCAUAACCUGGGGUCACAGUUCAGGAUUGAAGCUAAGAGGAGAAUCAAGCUGUUUGGUGAGGAGGAUUGGAGUGAUGUGACAAGAGCUAACUAGCUAUUAUUUGCAUGGAGCGUGGAUGUUCGGCCAUAUCCAGAUAUGCAUAGAAGAAUGGAUUUCCCAAGUUUGGUGUUUUUUUGUGUGUAAAUUUAUGUAUGUUUGAGUGUUUGAGUCCUAAUUAAAUAAAUAUGUUGCUGUUCUUGGUUUCUUGAAUAUGUAUUACGUGCAUGUAAUUCUCAGCAAUAAUGGAUUUAAUUAAUUAUAUGUGAGCA